UUUCACAGCCGGUCCAGUUAUUUUCUUGUGUCCAUGCUUGUGAGAUUGGUGGUAACCUUAAAACAGAAAAAGCGUGGUACUGUACUACUCAGUCCAGGGCUAAAAUUUAAAAGGAUAAAGAAGAAUAAGAAACACGGAAAUGUGACCGCGAUAAGACAUUGUGCGAUAUCGCAUACGAACGAUUCGUAAGUGACACUGCGAAAAAAUCAAACACACUGAGACGUGCAAAAUCAUUUUGUAUUCCCGAUUGUGCAGAAAAGAUAGUCUACAAUACAAAGAUUUUUAAUUUCGCUGGCUCACCGUUUUUCAAGGCCAUUUCAAAAUAUUUUGAGAAUUCAAUAUACUUUCCAAAGUAUAUUGUCUUAUACUUUUGGCAAUAUACUUUCCAAAAGGAUUCGAUCACACCCACACUCGAAGAUGAAUUACGAAGAGAGGAAUUUAAUUUUGACUUUGCAGUGUUGUAUGCACAUAUCUUAUAUUUCAUGUUUGUUUAUGUAUAUGCAAUGUAAAAUAUUGGCAAUUAAUGCCUUGUGAGUUUAGUUAUAACUACAAUAAGAAAUUAGUGCCUCCUCUUGGGAAGAUUUCUCACAAUCAAUUUCUAUGGCAAAUUGGGGAUCACACAUCUAGCCCAAGACAUAGCGAAUCAUGACUGAAAUCAAUAUAGACAAUCUACGAAAUCUUAUUACAUACUUCACGAAGAAUACCUAUCGGACCAAGGAUGCAGAUGUUACAUGUCAGGAAAUCAUGCAAAGAUGUAUGUUACUGGCAGCCUUUGAUUAUGAAUAUUCUACAAUUGACAAUAGUGCAGGUGACCUUUGUUCCCAUUAUCCUAGCUAUCUUGUAAUAUUAGAACAUGAAAAACUUCAUAAUCCAAAGAAGUGUGAUACAACACCGCCAAUGUACGAGAAUGUACAUUUAAGGAAUAAGCUCAAGAAAUUGAUAACACAGUCAAGAUUCGCCAGAUGUCGUUCAAGAUUCCCAAUUCCAGUAAUACUUUACAAGGGUAGACAUGUAUGCAGAUCCGCAACGUUAUCCAGUGGUCCAGAAAUGUUUGGAAGAGCUGGAUUAGAUUUCUUACUAUCUAGUAUAGCUAUAAGCAGCAACGCUAGCACCACAGAACCAGUACCACGGGUAGACGAAAGUCUACUCAAGGAAGAAUCAAUCAUUGACUUGAAAAAUAAAGUCAGACACAAUGACAUAGAACUUCUGAGGACUCUUAAUGUAGGAACCAUCAUUGACUUCAUGGUUGAGAAGAAGAAAAUUAAAUAUGGGAUGACUGUAACUUCAUCGGAGAAGGUAGACCAGGAAAGGAGGUACAACCAAUUUAAUCUCAUUUCACUGCCAUAUCCUGGAUGCGAAUUCUUCAAGGAAUUCCGAGACCAAGAUUAUCGAUCGAAGGGUUUGAUGUUUGACUGGCAUCAGAAUUACAUAGAUGCGCCAAUCUGCGUACCUGAAGACCCAAUCUCCAGCCAAUUACGGAUCAAUUGGGAUCGAUAUACAGAAUGGGAUCUAGUCAAAUUAACACAGAAUUAUUUAAGAUUAGUAUUGAGAUAUUUGAGUGAUAGUAGUAGUGGCUUAUUGAUUCAUUGUAUCUCAGGUUGGGACCGCACACCAUUAUUUAUUUCAUUACUGAGAAUUAGUCUGUGGGCUGAUGGAGUGAUACAUACAUCGUUAAAUUCAUAUCAACUACUUUAUUACACUAUCGCCUAUGACUGGAUGCUUUUCGGACACGAUUUAGCGGACCGACUCAACAAGGGGGAAGAAAUACUCUUCUUCUGUUUUGAUUUCUUAAAAUACAUUGAAAACGAACAUUUUAGUAUACACAAACGUUACGAAAGAAUAUCGAGACGUAGCGACUCACAAUUGGAAACUUUCGUUAUCGAUGGUGAGUCGUUCGAAUUGAUUAUGAACUCUAAUUCGAGCCCAAGGAACAGUUCAUCCAGUUCUAUUGAACAAAGCAGUGUAGAUAGCGAUCCACCAGCGGUAUUUCUUCCAGAACUCUUGGACAUUCAGGAUGAAUCUCGAAACAUGAAUAUUGUACCUGGAGUACUUACUGUAUCUCCAAAUAAAGAAAGCGCUGCCGCACAAGGGCCGCGCUCAUCUUUAUAUGCAAAUCGUACUUCUCCGAUCGGCGUUCCUAUACCGCAUAACUCUCGUGUUCGACAACGAAACGACUCGAUGUCUUCGUGCGAUUCGUGGCAAUUGGUAACAGGGACUGGUAGUUUAUGCGGCUCCACAACUGCUAAUGCUUCACAUACGGAAAAUGUAUUGACUUCUGACUCAGAUUGCAAAUCUUUAUGCGCAACUUGCAUGUCUAUGCGCACAUUACAAGGAUCAAAAAACAAAACUGAGGACGAAGCUUCUGUUUCCGUAUCUUCUGCUUCUGUGUUAUCUACACGGUUAUAUCGCACAUUUGAUUCUAGACGUAGAGAACGGUUACAUUGUCUUCGAAACAUAUUUUAUAAAGCUUACGGACCUCAUGGAUUUCGAUUAAAGGAUGAAUCAACUGGUCUUGGUCAAUAUAUCGGAAACAUUGUUGGAAUGACUUCCACCCAACGCACAUCCUAAUGAUUACAAUGUUGUUGAACGAUUGUCUAGGAGCAUAAAUUCAUUGUUAAUAAUAUCUUUGUACAAUUGAUAAUUUUAUAAUCUGCAAUUUAUAAAAAUGAAAAUAAUAUAAUAUGUAUAUUAUUGUUUUUGUCAAAAGUGGACUGUUAUAUAUGUAGCACACUAUAUACAAAUAAUUAAAUAAAACUUAAUAUUUUUGUAUUU